AUGAACUUCCUGCUCCUGCUCUUCCUGGUUUUCUUUGCGCCGCUGCUGCUUUUCGCUGUAUGGCUGGCAGCUUCAUCCUGCCUAGGGAACCGCCUUCGUACCCGAGGAAAUGGAUUCGCGGUGCGCUCAGGUCUUGAUGCAUACGGGCAGAGUUAUCUUCGAACCAUGGCCAACUCUGGCCCCGCCAUGUCUGAGCAGAUCGAACUCGAUGACAUGCUAGCGGAACCAGGAACUCAGCCUCACUUUGACGAAGAAGAUUGA